AUGGCACCCAAGGGCUCCCUCUCUACCCGGCUGAACCCGAUGCGUCUCAACACCAUCAACCACCUCCGUGUUCGCCGGCCGAAUCAAAAUGAGCAGAACCCCUGCGUGGUAGUGAUGUCGUCUAUGCUUAAUGUCGAAUACCUUGAAUCUCGAAAUUGUGAGUGGUUUACUGACAAUAUUGCGUUGCAAACAGACUGCUGGGCUUCCGCUGGAUACGGCGCAGAGGGCUGCGCUGCCCUCGAGGCUCAAUUGCGCAAGUGCAUGGACGCACCGAAAUCCCGGGAGCAGAAGAAGAACACUGUCAACUACCACCUCAUGAGAAUGUACCCCAAGGUUGUUGGCCCCCGGAAGAAGGAUGGUGUUCUCGGUUAA